AUGUCUUCAAUGGACGUAUUCUGGGCGGCACCUCCUAUAUCAAGGACUCUCGCCGCUUCAGCUUUCAUUCUCUCGAUUUCGGUGUAUACUGGGUUCGUACCUUUCCACGCUGUCAUAUUUGACCCCAAAAAUAUUUGGACAAUCCCCCCACAAUUGUGGCGGUUAGUCACUCCGUUCUUGAUAACUGGAAAAGAGCUUGGGAUCAUAUUUGACACAUAUUUUUUAUAUCAAUAUGGAUCCAAAUUAGAGACAUCUUCCCCAAAAUUCUCCCAGCCUGGUGAUUUCGCAACUUAUAUUUUGUUUGUUAGCUCCGUCAUCGUGGGUCUUAAUAUGUUCAUAGAUGGCUUCAUAUUUACUUCGGCUUUAGUUCUCGCCUUUGCGUAUACGUCUUGUCAGGAUGAUAAGGGACAGAAAGCUAAUUUCUACAUAAUUACUAUACCUGCUCUAUGGGUACCAUACGCAAUGUUACUCGUCAACUUUCUAAUGGCUGGUCCUGAGGUCGCAAAGGUUCAAGUAACAGGAUUACUCGCCGCCCAUCUUCACUACUUUUUGACUCAUCUUUGGCCAACAUUUGGAGGUGGAAAAAACUUAAUACCCACCCCUGGCUUUAUCCGGAAUAUUUGGGAGCAAAAGCAACCAUCAACCCAGGGCCGUGGAUACAGCACAUCACAUAAAUCAUUUUCUCCUCAGAAUCCUCAAUCGGUACCUGGUAGAACUAACAGAAUACUUCCUCAAUCAUGGCAAAGCCGUGGCUCUGGUCAUAGGCUAGGAGGCAACUGA